UUUAUUUUUUAUUUUUUGGAUUUUAAAUGCUAUCCAGUAUUUAGAUUCAUCAGAGGUCUAGCUUGCAAAUCUUAUUUCGAGCAUGACUAGAACCUGUACGCCCCUUCCACUUCAUCAUUGUAUUUUGGAAGCCAAAAUCCCCUCCAAAAUAAAUAUUUUAAUUAGUUUGAUUGUUCUAAAGGGAGUUUAGACCUACAACUUGUUGUAGAGUAGGAGGUUUUUGAAGGCAUUAUCUCUGGAUGUAUCUAUCUUAUGUUUUCAUAUCUCCAGAAUUUGUUUGGAAAUGGAAUGUGCAUACUUUUAUUGGGAAGAAGGUCACAGGACUUUUACAGGGUUUGGGAGGGUGGAGUCGUGGAGAUGGUUCGAUUUUGUGGAAUGGUAAGCUUUUGCAGUUUCUUUACGACGAAAGCCAUGGGUUCUUUGUAUUGGGAAGAGAUUCAUUAUUUGGUGUAGCUUUGGUGUUUUGUAGCUCGAUGCUUUAAAGGGGCGUCUUUUUUGGAUUUAGGGAUAUUGGUAGCAUGGUUUUAAAUAACGGCCGUUACGUAGCGUAACGGCCGAUACGUAACGGAAAUCGGAGGCUCCGAAACCGAUACGGGUCGAUAAUGCGGUUAGGAAAAAAUUCACAGCCGUAACGGCACGUAACGGCCGAUACCCCAAUGUUACACGUUUACGGUCCGUUACGGAACGUUACAUGGCCGAUAGCUUGCAGAUUCCUUGAAGGCUUUUUGCUGCAGGCAGUAGCGCUGCUUUUCCCCUCUCCCCCACACCCAUCUGCCAUUCAAAGAGUAAAAUGGAAAGUAAAAAACUUACCUUGAAAAUUUGUUGGCCGAAGCAAUAAGAAGGCUUCACUUCUUCGAAGCUUGGGAGUGAGCACACCGAGCAGAUAUACUCAUCUUCGCACCUCGCAACCUUCCAGGACUCGGGAGUUGCAGACUUGUAGUUGCAGCAGCUUGGCGAGUCACCGGCGACAGGUUUGCAGCAGCUCUGCGGCCUCUGCGAGUCGCCGAUAGCCCGUCGGCACCUUCCUCCGCCAGUCGUCGCAGUCGCCACCAGCCAGCCUCUCGAUUUCAGCUUCGGAGCUUGGAGUCAUCGCUGUCGUUUGUGCUUCACUGCCUUCGAGGCUCCUCCGAGUCCCCUCCCCUCGAUCUCACUCGACUCCCUAGCCAUGGUUGUGCAUGCGUGAAAAAAAUUCACGACCGUUACGCCCGUUUCCCGUUACGUAACACCUGCGUCUCCCGCGGCCCGCGACUGUUACGCGAUGUUACCCGUGACCGCGAUUUCAAACCAUGAUUGGAAGUCCAGCUAUUCUUGGUGAUAGAGAAGAGGAUGGUGAUGAUGGUGCUAGCGAUUUAAAUUACUCUUCAGAAGCUCAAAACCAGAAGCAGAAGAUUGAAGAGCGAAUGUUGAGCUGGCAUAUGACAUAUGGGCGAGGGGAGGAUUUAGGUGCUCCAAACUAUGAUAAAGAGGUUUCUCACAACCACAUCCCGCUGCUCACCAGUGGGCAAGAGGUCUCGGGAGAGUUGUCUGCAGCAUCACCUGAGCGUCUCUCUAUGGCAUCUCCUGGAGUUGGUGGCGGAGGAAAGCGUGUACAUCCACUUCCAUAUGCAGCAGAUGUUAAUCAAUCACCUAAUAUUAGGGUUGUGGAUCCUGCGAGGGAGUUCAGUUCUCCGGGGCUAGGGAAUGUGGCUUGGAAGGAGAGAGUUGAUGGUUGGAAGAUGAAGCAGGAGAAGAAUGUGGUUCCAUUAAGCACUCAUGCUGCAUCUGAAGGCAGGGGAGGUGGAGAUAUUGAUGCUAGCACUGAUAUUCUCGUGGAUGACUCUUUGCUAAAUGAUGAAGCUCGCCAGCCUCUCUCUAGGAAGGUUUCUGUUCCAUCUUCUAGGAUAAACCCUUACAGGAUGGUCAUUGUUCUGCGGCUUGUUAUUCUUUGCAUUUUCCUACACUACCGAAUAACAAAUCCUGUUACCAAUGCUUAUCCUUUGUGGUUGAUAUCUGUGAUUUGUGAGAUUUGGUUUGCCAUAUCUUGGAUUCUGGAUCAGUUCCCUAAAUGGCUCCCAGUAAACCGUGAAACAUAUCUGGACAGGCUUUCUCUGAGGUAUGAUCGGGAAGGAGAGCCUUCGCAGUUAGCAGCUGUUGACAUUUUUGUCAGUACUGUUGACCCGCUAAAGGAGCCUCCACUUGUAACAGCAAAUACUGUGUUAUCCAUCCUUGCAGUUGACUACCCAGUUGAUAAGGUCUCUUGCUAUGUAUCUGACGAUGGAUCUGCCAUGUUGACAUUUGAGGCUGUGUCAGAAACAUCAGAAUUUGCUAGAAAGUGGGUUCCCUUCUGCAAGAAGUAUAGCAUUGAGCCGCGUGCUCCUGAGUGGUACUUCGCCCAGAAGAUUGACUACUUGAAGGAUAAAGUUCAUCCAUCAUUUGUUAAAGAUCGUCGAGCUAUGAAGAGAGAAUAUGAGGAAUUUAAAAUUCGUGUCAAUGGGCUUGUUGCAAAGGCACAGAAAGUUCCUGAGGAAGGAUGGAUCAUGCAAGAUGGUACACCAUGGCCUGGUAAUAACACCAGAGAUCACCCAGGAAUGAUCCAGGUUUUCCUAGGUCAGAGUGGUGGUCUUGACACUGAGGGAAAUGAGCUACCUCGGUUGGUCUAUGUUUCUCGUGAAAAGCGUCCAGGUUUCCAACAUCACAAAAAAGCUGGUGCUAUGAAUGCACUUGUUCGAGUAUCUGCAGUCCUUACUAAUGGACCUUUCUUGUUGAAUCUUGAUUGUGAUCACUACAUAAACAACAGCAAAGCAUUAAGGGAGGCCAUGUGUUUUUUGAUGGAUCCAAACUUGGGGAAAUCAGUUUGUUAUGUUCAGUUUCCACAGAGAUUUGAUGGAAUUGAUAGAAAUGAUCGAUAUGCCAACCGUAACACUGUUUUCUUUGACAUAAAUUUGAGAGGUUUGGAUGGCAUUCAAGGCCCAGUUUAUGUGGGUACUGGUUGUGUCUUCAAUAGAACAGCUUUGUAUGGUUACGAACCCCCUCUCAAACCUAAGCAUAGAAAACCUGGAUUGUUGUCUUCAUGCUGCGGCGGGUCACGGAAAAAGAAUUCAAAAUCAAGUAAAGGCUCAGACAAGAAAAAAUCUGGCAAGCAUGUUGAUCCCACUGUGCCAAUUUUCAGCUUAGAGGAUAUAGAAGAGGGGGUUGAAGGUGCUGGAUUUGAUGAUGAGAAGUCUCUGCUUAUGUCACAAAUGAGCCUGGAAAAAAGAUUUGGUCAAUCUUCUGUUUUUGUUGCUUCUACCCUCAUGGAGAAUGGUGGUGUUCCUCAGUCUGCAACACCAGAGACUCUCCUCAAAGAGGCUAUUCAUGUUAUCAGCUGUGGAUACGAGGACAAAACGGAUUGGGGGAGUGAGAUUGGAUGGAUUUAUGGUUCUGUUACAGAAGAUAUUCUUACAGGAUUCAAGAUGCAUGCCCGUGGUUGGCGAUCAAUUUACUGCAUGCCCCACCGCCCAGCUUUUAAAGGGUCUGCUCCAAUUAAUCUUUCAGAUCGUCUAAACCAAGUGCUUCGGUGGGCUCUGGGUUCUGUUGAAAUUCUUCUCAGUCGGCACUGUCCUAUUUGGUAUGGUUAUGGUGGAAGGCUUAAAUGGCUGGAGAGGUUUGCAUAUGUAAAUACCACCAUUUACCCAAUCACCGCGCUUCCUCUUCUCUUUUAUUGCACGCUGCCAGCCAUUUGUCUGCUCACCGAUAAGUUCAUUAUUCCACAGAUUAGUAACAUUGCCAGUAUCUGGUUUAUAUCCCUCUUUCUUUCCAUCUUUGCAACUGGCAUACUAGAGAUGAGGUGGAGCGGUGUUGGAAUCGAUGAAUGGUGGAGAAAUGAGCAGUUUUGGGUUAUUGGAGGCGUAUCAGCCCAUCUUUUCGCUGUUGUCCAAGGUCUGCUCAAAGUACUUGCUGGAAUCGACACCAACUUCACUGUCACCUCAAAGGCAUCUGACGAGGACGGGGAUUUUGCCGAACUCUACAUGUUCAAAUGGACAACCCUACUCAUCCCACCUACAACUCUGCUCAUAGUAAAUUUGGUGGGUGUUGUUGCAGGGGUAUCUCAUGCCAUUAACAGUGGUUACCAGUCCUGGGGGCCGCUCUUUGGUAAGUUAUUCUUUGCCUUUUGGGUGAUUGUUCAUCUCUAUCCCUUCCUGAAGGGGUUGAUGGGGCGCCAGAACCGAACGCCCACCAUUGUUGUCGUUUGGUCUGUCCUCCUUGCUUCCAUCUUCUCGUUAUUAUGGGUUCGGGUUGAUCCCUUCACUACAACGGUUACCGGACCAGAUGUCCAGGUGUGUGGAAUUAAUUGCUAGAUCAGGGAAGACCAAUACAAAUGCAAAAUGCAAGUUCAAUAUGAUUAUUCUUUACUGCUUGGUGUUCAACAUCAAAUUUUAUCCAGCUGAUAUAUGGCCCGGGGGAUGGGAGCUGCAUAGUUGUCCGGUGUUUGUUGUAUCUAUUCAGGCAUGAACUUGUUUUUGUGAAGAUUACAUUAUGUGCAGGUGAUACAAAAUCAAUUCAUUUUGUUCAGUGUUUUGUUACAUUAAUAUUAUAUUUGAACAUGCUCAAGCUUUUGUUUUUAGCCCCUUGUGCUCUUCCAAAGAAGUUAGAAGGCGAAUGUCGCCCAGUAAUGUAACAUUCUCAUUUGAAAGUAGUAGAAACUUUUCUUGCGGGAGUCGUGUGAGAUUUUCCAUUAA